UUUUUUUGUCUAUAAUCAAAAUUUAUACCAUUUACGUGUCGGUAGAGAAGAGAGAAGAAUCCUGUCAUAAUUUUUGUUGUGUGAAGGUGGUGUUUUGUUAAUCAUUAACUCAGUCUGUUUGUGCCUAGGAGUGCCAACUGCAUUAUAUGAUAAUUGUUCUGAUAAAUUGUAUGAUAACAUCCUUAUCCAGUAAAACAAAACGUACACUGCAAAACGAAACCAAGAGGCAGCUGAUAGCACUGUCUGGUGUUUGAGGGAGAAAAAAAAACCUUGUUCAGGGUCACACAGUAUCAACAUGGCCAACCAGCACCCAUACCUGUGUCCGGACCUGCCGUUUACGGGCUGUAUCCAAGGCGGCCUGUUUGAAGGGAAGACCAUCACUGUGACAGGACGAGUCCUGGCAGGAGCAGAGAGGUUUUGUGUGAAUUUGCAAUGUGUCACUAACACAUCGAGUGAUAUCGCCCUCCACUUCAACCCGCGCUACGUCGGUAAGUCGGGUCAUGUGGUGUGUAACACACUACAGAAUUCCUGCUGGGGUUCAGAGCAACGGACCAACCACACCCCACUUCCCAGAGGCUCCGACUUCACCAUCACCUUCCUGGUCAACAGAGACUCCUAUUCGGUGAUCGUGAAUGGAGCUCAUUUCCUGGAGUACUUGCACCGUCUGCCUGUCUCUCGUGUGAAUGCGAUCUCUGUGGAUGGAGGUGUAGACAUCACGUCCAUCACUUUCCAAAACCCGGCCGUGAGUAUCGACCGAAGCAGACCGAUGCAGCCAGAGAAGCAGAGGUGCCAAAGCAAACUGACCCAGAGAUCAGCUUGGAAUAUGCAAGGACAUCAGCAGCAUGCCAGCUCGAUACAGGCGGUUACUUCUCGCACUGUCGCUGGUUUAAGUGCUGCACCUCCUCCAUACAGUUCUCCACCUGCUUAUGUUAUACCAUAUAAAACCAUAAUUCAGGGUGGACUUUACCCAGGCAGAGGCAUCAGCGUACAGGGCUGUAUCAACCACAACGCUGACAGGUUCUGCAUCAACCUGCGUUAUAACUCCGGCAUUGCUUUCCACUUCAACCCGCGUUUUAACCAGAACGUAGUGGUGCGCAACAGCCUGAUGAAGGAGCGCUGGGGUCGUGAGGAGAGAAGCGGUGGCAUGCCCUUCUACAGAGGCCAGCAGUUUACAGUGAGCAUCAUGUGUGACACUCAGUGCUACAGGAUCGCGGUGAACGGCAUACAAAUGUUCACCUACAACCACCGUCACUUCCUGCUUCAGCAGAUCGACAUCCUGGAGGUCGAUGGAGACAUCAGUGUCAGUUCUGUCAUGGUUUAAGGGCAGAUCGUAAUGUGUAACACUUUAAAUUAUAAACUGUAAGAACAGUUCAAACCAGUAUAAUACUUUAAAUGUAUUUUAUUCUAUUUAAGUCAGUAUGGAGGCACAUAUUGUAUUCUGGGAAAAUUAUACAGUAUCAAAAGAUGUAAAGCUGUUAUAUAGAUAAACCCCAGUGAGCCAUAAGUCUUCUUCUUAUGACUGAUUGAUUCCAUCUCUGUUGUUCUCAUUGUUCCUGCACUUUUGAUAUCAAAUGUUCUUGGACUGAAAUUGCUUUGAAUUGGACUGAAUUGCUUUGAAAGUAGUCAGGUUUUUUUUUUCCCUGACACUUUCAAAUGUAUUUAUGAUGUAUAUUUGGCAAUAAAAGAGUUAAAACAGCA